AUGACUAGUUCUAAUAGUUUAACCAAUUCUUACAUUAAUACUGAAGAAUAUAUUUAUCAAUUUGCUAAACAGCAUAUAUUUCUUAGUGGUGGUUUGGCUGUCGGAAAAACUACUGUUAUUAAUCGUAUUCAUGACUAUUUCUUAAAUAGAGAUGAAAUUGUAUUUAUUCGUGAGUAUAUUGAUUUUGAUUCUAAUGGUAUGAAUAUGUUGGAACGUUUACAUGGUGGUUUAAUUAGUAAUUAUGAAUUUCAAUUAUAUGUUUUGGAUUGUUAUGAAAAACAACUCAAUACUAUUGAUUAUGAAGAAGCGGAUAUUGUCUUAUGGGAAAGACAUCCUUGUGAAGCUUUAUAUAUAUUUUGUAAGAAUGAUUAUACACUUACAUUUAAUGAGCGUAUAAAAAUUGAAAUGAAAUUGGACAGCUUAUGUGAAAGAUAUGAAAUUCCUAAAUUUGGCGAUAAAAACAUUGAUUAUAUUGACUUUGAUAUCAUUAUAAAUGAUUCUGAUAGUGUUUCUAAUUAUUUAGUUGGUGAAUUAAUUUACCCAAUGUUAAUGGGUGAAUAUGAAAAGAACGUAUUUGUUUUAUUAUAUUGUAGUAAUUUGGAGAAACAGUUUGAAAGAUUAACUAAGAGAGGAAGAUUUGUUGAACUUGAAUCAUAUAAGAAGAAAGAAGAUUUAUUAAUAAUAACUAAUGAUUACUUUGGAUUUUAUCUUAAGUAUAAAAAUAAUUUAACUAUUAAUUAG